CGGCCUGCAUCUAUCAUAGAGUUGCUUGGGGGAGAGAGUGGACUGAGCAGCACAAAGAGGAAGGGAGAGAACGGCCGAGAAAGUGAGAGAUGUUCCUUGGCAGUCUGGGCCGAAAGGGAAUCAUCGAGAGGAUGUGCAGAGCGUGAGAAGAUGUAAGAAGCCAAUGAUGAUGGCUCAUGCCUGGUCCUCAAAGCAUAGAAGAAGCCCACCAGGAAAAGAAGAGGAAGCUUGGAAUAUUGAAAAACCUUAAAUGGAUAGGCUUGUGAGGUGGAGGUGGCAGGAGACUGGAGCAGCUAAGGUACAAGGCAUCCUGACUGCCUCCUUUGUUCCUCCCGUGAAGCUUUCUAGUUAGAAGGCCAAAAUUGUCUGUCUAGCAAAAAUGGAGAUGGUGAGGAGUGUGGAGGAGCUGUACCUGCUUUGUGUCAUGGUGUAAAGCCAUGCUGAGGCGCAAGAGGCAAUGAGCAGAGGAGCAGUAGCAACAGAGCCUGCAGGAGAAGACAAGAUGAAUGCUCUUUGCCAGGAGCUGUUGCUGCCGAGUGCAGCAGUUGCGGGGCAUGAGGACAACCACAGCGUCCCCAGCAAUAACCUAGCAGUGGGGCAGAGCUUGCUCUUAACAGAGGCAUCUGUGGUAGGAACAGAAACAGCCGGCGUUGAAAUAUUUGUAGGAACCAUGGCUAGCAGCAUGUCCCUUGGCAAUCCUGGCAACACUGCAGAGGUCUUGGUCAAAGUUGUGGAACUGUAUUUCUGUGAACGAUGUGGGCAGAGCUUCUCUGACUCCAGCCUGCUUUCUGAGCAUCAUUGUGUGGAACUUUCCAGAGGACAGCUUGCAAGCCUCCCUCAGCUCCAAGAGUUAUCACUCGGCCUUACUAGCCAGGACUUGGCUGUCUCAGGAGAGCAACCAAUUGUCCAGGAGGCACCAGUGCAGAACUUGCCGGAUGGAAGCAGGCAGGUCCCCGAAUUGGGCACUGAGCUGCUCCUGUGCCCCAUUUGCCAGGUAGAGUUCGCACUGCCCACUGAGCUGAAGGAGCACUUUAAGGACCACCACAGACCCCAGGGCGCCCAGGUCUGCCCUGAGGAGGGCUGUCAUUUCAGCUCAGGGGAUUGCAAGCAGCUCCGGGGCCAUUUGCGUCGUGUCCACCAGGUGUCUCCGGUAGGCUGUACCUAUCGUGGCUGCCCAGUCUUGUUCCGAAGCCGAGAGGACAUGGAGCUUCACCACAGGAGCCACUUUCCCUUCCACUGUGGCCAUUGCGACUUCGUCAGUGCCAACACCAAGCAGUUUGGGCAGCACAGGCGCAGCCAUGCGCAGGAGGCUGCGCAGCAGCAGGCAGCACUGCAGGCAGGAGCAGUUGCUGGAAGCACUGAGCACCCCCUUCUGAAAACAGGAGGGACGGAAGUGCUGAGCAAAGCAGAGAGCUCUCACAAAGUUCAGAGUGGCUGGAAGGUGACAGAAAUAGGGCCUGGCCUGGAAAUACACACUGGUAGCAGCGCUGUGCUUACAGAAGACCCAGGCACAUUGGUCAAAGAUGACAACCCUGCCAAUGAAGAGGAUGAAUUAUUGGAGGAGGAAGAGGAGGAGGAAGAGGAGGAGAGCAAUGGCAAGGAAGUCUCUGCCAAACCAACAAAGGCCCAGGCACUCAAAGAUGUGGCUGAGGACUCCAAAUACCUGUUCAAGACCCACAUGUGUCCAGAGUGCAAGCGUUGCUUCAAGAAGCGGACUCACCUGGUGGAACACCUUCACCUACACUUCCCAGACCCCAGGCUGCAGUGCCCAAACUGUCAGAAAUUCUUCACCAGCAAGAGCAAGCUGAAGAUCCACAUGAUGCGCGAAACUGGGGAGAAGACCCAUCGCUGUCCGCUCUGCCACUACAGUUCUGUUGAAAAGAACGCGCUCAACAGGCACAUGGCCAGCAUGCAUGAGGACAUCUCCAACUUCUAUUCAGAUAUUUACUCCUGUCCUGUGUGCAAGGAGAAGUUUAAGCUCAGUCAUGCCCUCAAGGAUCAUCUGAAGAGUCACAAAGAGGAGCCCAAGCAGCUGAGCUGUUUCCAGGAGGGCUGUGGCUUCUGCACUGAGGACCGCAAGGAGUUCCUGCGGCAUGUCAGAGAGGCACAUGGCAUUAAAGCCGUAGAGUGCAAAUACUAUGCCUGCUCCCUGCUCUUCCCUAGCACUGAGGUGAUGGAGGCACAUCGCAAAACGCACUAUGCCUUCCACUGCCAGCAGUGUGACUUUGUCUGCUCCAACAAGCACAUCUUCCGUAAGCAUAAGAAGCAAGGCCACCCAGGAAGUGAACAGCUUCAGUGCAGCUUCUGCCCGUUCACCACGUUCAACUCAGUAGAAUUUCAUGACCAUGUUGGCAAGAUGCACGCCAGUGAGAAGAUUCACAAGUGCACUGAAUGCAACUUUGCCACUGCGCACAAAAGAGUCCUUAUCCGCCACAUGCUGCUCCACACAGGAGAGAAGCCUCACAAAUGCCAGCUGUGCGACUUCACAUGCCGAGAUGUGAGCUACCUUUCUAAACAUAUGCUGACCCACUCUGACGAUAAGAACUACAUGUGCACGGAGUGUGGCUAUGUGACAAAGUGGAAGCAUUACCUGAACGUUCAUAUGCGGAAGCACACAGGAGAUCUCAGGUACCAGUGCAACCAGUGUCCCUACCGCUGCCAUCGGGCUGACCAACUGAGUAGCCACAAGCUGCGCCACCAGGGCAAGUCCCUGAUCUGUGAGGUGUGCGGCUUUGCCUGCAAGCGCAAGUAUGAGCUGCAGAAGCACAUGCAGGCCAAGCAUUCCCAGGACUACCAGACACCCAUUUUCCAGUGUCAGUACUGCAGCUACCAAACCAAAUACAAGCAAGCCCUGGUCAACCAUGAGAACUGCAAGCACACCAAGCAGAGGGAGUUCCGCUGUGCCCUGUGCCCAUACCGCACCUUUAGCAAUACCAGCCUCUUCUUCCACAAGCGCAAGGUCCAUGGCUACGUCCCUGGUGACAAGGGCUGGCAGGAGAACUAUGCCACCAGGGAGCUGGAGGUCAGCUCUACCGAGAUGCUGCUCAGCUAUAACCUUGCCAUGGCUCUGCACGCCGAGCCGGGCUCUUCCCUCCCAGGGAGGGAGUCCUGGCGUGACAAAGUGAAGGCCCUUCCUUCCGAGGCCCAGGAGGAUGGCUGCCGCCAGGAGGCCGUCAUCGUGCCUCUUUUUGGGGAUGAAGGCCACAUUGCCAGGGUGGGUGGGGAAGUUGUGGGAGGGCAUGAUCCCAGCAAGGCAGACAGGGCCCCUUCAGAAGAGCUCACUAUGAAAACAACUUCAGAGAGCUUGGGGGAACCCGGUGGUGCCAGCAAGCCGGUUCAGACUUGCACCCUCCUCUUAGAGCCUCUGUGUGACCCAGAGCCAGCUCUGGAGCAGCUGGCCAAGGACAUGUCCACAGCUCUGCCAGAAGAUGGGGAGGUGGAGGCAGCCUGUGAAGGGUCCAGCUCCAGAGAUUCCAUUGUUGAAGAGAGUGAGCCUGCCCUUGAGGAUAUCCCUGACUUUGAGGAGGAGGCUGAGGUUGCUGGGGAUGGGGAGCUGGAGCUGGGAAAAGACACUGAUUCUGGUACUGGUGCAGGCAGCGAAAAAGAUGCCCUGCAGGAUGGAGGGGAUAGGAAGGCUGAUGGGGAGGACUUGGAGAUUUUGCAGGUGCCACCCAGCCUGGAGCAAGGAGAGGGUUGCAGAGAGCCAAAUGUACAGGAAGCUUGGCCAGAUGUGGUAAAGCCCAGUUCCUUCCAGCCUGAUCCUAGCCAUGAGGCUUCCUUUGCCCCAGAAGAUGCACUGCUCCCCUCUGAGGAGGGGUCCCAAUCUGAAUCGGUGCUUAAAGCUCUCAGGAGGCAGGACAAGGAGCAAGCAGAAACCCUCGUUCUGGAAGGGAGGGUGCAGAUGUUAGUAGUUCAGUCUGAGAGCCGGGUCUUCAAGUGUGAGAAGUGCUCCUACAUCACAAGGAAGGAGAAGUCAAUGGUGAUGCACUGCAAAGUGGGCUGCCAGACUAAGAAGUGCCCCUUAGUGUGCCAGGAGUGUGGGGCCGUCUUCAAGCAGCAGAGAGGCCUGAAUACCCAUCUCCUGAAGAAGUGUCCCGUUCUCAUGAAGAAGAAUGGUGCAAAAGCAGCCUGUGUAGACCAGGUGGCUGCUGUGCCACCCAGACACACGAGCCUGGAAAUGGUGGAGGUGGAGAAGAACGGAGCCUUAAACGAGGCAGAGGCAGGCACGAUGCAAGAGACUUCUUGGGGGGCAGAACUGACACCAUGCUUGGCCAUCCAUCUAAACAAUAAGCCAUCUCAGGAUGCCGCCACAACUGUGAUGGGAGAACAGUUGCCGGAAGUAGCUGCAGGUCCUGCCGCCCACCACUCGGAGCGAUACUAUCGGGAACAGGACAAGUUCCACUGUAAAUCCUGCUCCUUUGUCUGCUCACGUGUGUCCACCAUCCAGUCCCACGUGGAAGACGGCUGCCGAGGCCUGGAACAGCUCUGGUGCCCCAGGUGCUCAAGGCCCUUCCGCUCUAAGAGGGCCCUCAAGAUCCACCAGCUGGAGGGGCAUGCGGAAGGCCCUCCCAUUAGGCUGCUUGAAGGGUCCAGCCUCAGCCCAGCUCCAGAGGAGAGGGAGGGGCGCGUCAGUCUCGAGGACGUGGGCCCAUCCGAUGAGCCCGCAAGCGAAGUGUCCCUCCCCCCACGCAAGAGGCGGCACUUCUCCUGCCCCACCUGCCCUUUCACCUGCCACCAGGAACGUGCCCUGAAGACGCACAAGAAGCGGGGCUGCUUGAAGCUGGGUGAGUUUCGCUGCACGCUCUGCUCCUUCACAUCCAAGGCUGCCGUGGCCCUCCGGCUCCACCGCAAGCUGCACCGCAAGUACUACGGUGCCCGGCCCCAGCUGGCCUGCCACCAGUGCGACUUCACCUGCAAGCAGGUGCGUUGCCUGCACCAGCACAUCCGCAUCAAGCACGAGGGUGUGAAGCCCCACAAGUGCCCUUAUUGUGAGUUUAGCACUACCCGGCGCUACCGGCUGGAUGCCCACCAGUCCUUGCACACGGGCGUGGGGCGCAUUGCCUGCCCCACCUGUGGCCAAACCUUUGGCACCAACUCCAAGUUGCGCAUUCACCGCUUGCGGGCCCACGAGAAGAAGCCCACCCACUUCUGCCCACUUUGCGACUACAGUGGCUACAUCCAGAAUGACAUCACCCGCCAUGUCAACAGUUGCCACCAAGGGGAGCUGAACUUCACCUGCUCCCACUGUGAGGCCCGCUUCAGCUCCGAAACGGCCCUCAAGCAGCACGCGCUGCGGCAGCAUGAGGAGAAGGUCUCCUACUGCUGCCCCCGCUGUGCCUUCGUCUGCCACAGCGAGGCCACCCUCAGAUGCCAUGCCCAGAAGCAGCAUCCUCACCUGGAGUGCGCUGCCUGCAAGGAGACGCUGGCGACUCGGGAGGAACUGGAGGAGCAUAAGAAGCUGCACUUCAGCCAUCGCUGCCACAUCUGCAGCUUCGCAGCCAAGGAGCGGCAGCAGCUGGUGAGCCACUACGUGGAGGCCCACGAGCCCUCCGUGGCAGAUGAACGCCCUCUCAGGUGCUCCUUCUGUGACUUUGGCUGCCAUCACCAGCUGGUGUUUGACCACCACAUGAAGGGCCAUGGCGGCACCCGCAUCUACAAGUGCUCCGACUGCAAGUACACCACCAAGAACAAGCAGAAGAUCACGUGGCACAGCCGUAUCCACACGGGCGAGAAGCCUUACAAAUGCCACCAGUGCCAGUACGCCUGUGCUGACCCUUCCCGCCUCAAGUAUCACAUGCGUAUCCACAAGGAGGAAAGGAAGUACCUUUGCCCAGAAUGCGGCUACAAGUGCAAGUGGGUGAACCAGCUGAAGUACCACAUGACGAAGCAUACAGGGCUCAAACCAUACCAGUGUGAUGAGUGCGACUACUGCACCAACCGUGCCGACGCCUUGCGCAUCCACAAGGAGACGCGGCAUCGUGAGGCCCGCUCUUUCAUCUGCGAGCAGUGUGGAAAGGCCUUUAAGACCCGCUUCCUCCUCAAGACGCAUCUGAAGAAGCACAGCGAAGAGAAGCCUUAUGUUUGCAAUGUGUGCUUCCGAGGCUUCCGGUGGGCAGCCGGCUUGCGGCAUCACUAUCUGACCCACACCAACGAGCACCCCUUCUUCUGCCGCUACUGCAGCUACAAGGCCAAGCAGAAGUUCCAAGUGAUCAAGCAUUUGCAGAGGCACCACCCUGAGCAGGGGGGAACAGAGGGGGACCUCAGCAAAGGGGUGGGCAAGGACCCUUGUACCCUGACUGUCCACCUGCAUGAUGUUCAGCUUGAGAAUUCCUCCUCCAAACACCCAGGGGAAGGUGAGACUCAGGUGUCACCGCAUGGCUAAAGCAAAGUGGGGGGAAAUGGACUUAAGACCUGAGGCUACUUUACUUUGGCUUCUGUGAUGGAUUGAAGGCUUAGACCUGGCACCACAUGGAGGUCCUGUUCACCCUGUUUCAAGCCCACGGGGGAAAUGCAGCCCGCUCCAAGUUGAGUGAAUGCAUUUGCUUGUGUUUGUAAUGAUAUCUGUAUAUGUGAUGUAAAAUAUCUGACUGUAUGAAAA